AUGAACAUAAAAAAACCUGAAAAGCAAUAUUACUUAAGUCCUUUUCCAAAAGAUGUAAUAGGAUUGAUAGCAUCAAGUUGUGUUUAGAAAUUCUAAGGUGCUUAUGCUUAAGAAUUACAAGAAAAAAAAAAUAGAUCUUUAUAGGAUGAAAUACUUUAUAGAUUCUUUAAAAGUAGAUCUCCACCAUAUGAAUUGAGUUAGGAAGAUUAAGAGGAUUUAAAAAAAUUUGAAGGAAAUGAAUACAAUCUAUGUUAAUAUAGAGGAUAGUAGUUUUUAAAAAAAUAUUUUUAACCAGAAGUUAUAAAGUUCAAUGAAUGUAUAGAGAUUUGUGAUAUUGAAAAUUCUUCUCAAUUAAAAGGAUUGUUUUUAAUAAAGAGAUCAAUGUGUAGAAGAAAAUGUGAAGAUAAAAUGGAUUUGACAUUAAAAGAAUAUAUGAGAGAUGGCAAAUUUCCAAAAAUGGAAGAAAUCUUAAAAAUGUGAGACCUAUUAAUGUAUUUAUGAAGUAAAAUCAAAAUUAAC